CGCCGCGGCCGCUUCUCCCGGCCGCUGCUGCUGCCACCACUGUUGCUGCUACGGGCACCACGGAGUUGGUGCCCGGGGCCGGGGCGUACGUGCGCCUAGGGGACCGGCCCCGAUGAAGCGGAAGGAGAAGCGGCUCCUGCAGGCUGUGGCGUUGGGGCUGGCGGCCCUCGUCUUCCUGCCCAACGUGGGGCUGUGGGCUCUCUACCGGGAGAAGCAGUUGGAGGGCGGCCCCGGGGGUGCCGAGGCGGCCGCCAGAGAGGGGUUCGCCCAGGGACAACAAAGAAGACAAAGGAAGGACAUCUAUUUUGAAGAUGGUCAGAGGAGAAAAGACUGGCAUGAUAAAGAAGCAAUUAGGAAAGAUGCUGAGCGAAUAGGAAAUGGAGAACAAGGAAAGCCUUAUCCCAUAACAGAUGCAGAACGAGUGGACCAGGCAUACAGAGAAAAUGGAUUUAAUAUCUUUGUCAGUGAUAAAAUUGCUCUGAAUCGAUCCUUACCUGAUAUCCGGCACCCAAACUGCAACAGUAAACUGUAUCUAGAAAAGCUCCCCAAUACCAGCAUUAUCAUCCCAUUCCACAACGAAGGUUGGUCCUCUCUCUUGCGCACCGUCCAUAGUGUGCUGAACCGUUCUCCACCACAGCUGGUGGCUGAGAUCGUACUGGUGGAUGACUUCAGUGACCGAGAACAUCUGAAGAAGCGUUUGGAAGAUUACAUGGCCCAAUUUCCAAAUGUAAGAAUCCUCAGAACCAAGAAAAGGGAGGGACUCAUAAGGACUCGGAUGCUGGGGGCUUCAGUAGCCAUUGGAGAUGUCAUUACAUUUUUGGACUCACACUGUGAAGCUAACGUCAAUUGGCUACCACCUUUACUAGACCGCAUCGCUUCGAACCGAAAGACCAUCGUGUGCCCAAUGAUUGACGUGAUUGAUAAUGAUCACUUUGGGUAUAAGACACAGGCAGGAGAUGCUAUGCGGGGAGCAUUUGACUGGGAGAUGUAUUACAAGAGGAUUCCCAUUCCUCUGGAAUUGCAGAAAUCCGAUCCCAGUGAUCCAUUUGAGUCUCCUGUAAUGGCUGGAGGACUAUUUGCUGUGGAUCGAAAGUGGUUCUGGGAAUUGGGAGGGUACGAUCCUGGCCUGGAGAUCUGGGGUGGAGAACAGUAUGAAAUCUCCUUUAAGGUAUGGAUGUGUGGAGGCCGAAUGGAGGACAUUCCCUGUUCCAGAGUAGGUCACAUCUACAGGAAAUAUAUCCCCUACAAGAUCCCUACAGGAGUCAGCCUGGCCCGGAAUCUGAAACGAGUGGCAGAGGUGUGGAUGGAUGAAUAUGCAGAAUACAUUUACCAACGCCUUCCAGAAUACCGCCAUCUCUCCACAGGGGAUGUCACUGCCCAAAAGGAUCUCCGAAACCACUUAAACUGCAAAAGCUUCAAGUGGUUCAUGACUGAAAUUGCCUGGGAUCUGCCUAGGUAUUAUCCUCCAGUGGAGCCUGCAGCAGCUGCCUGGGGAGAGAUCCGCAAUGUAGGAACCCAGCUGUGUAUAGGCACAAAACAUGGUGCCCCGGGUUCCCCUCUGAGAUUAGAAAGCUGCGUCAAAGGCCGAGCGGAGGCAGCAUGGAGUAAUGUGCAGGUGUUUACCUUCAGUUGGAGAGAAGAUAUCCGUCCUGGAGAUCCCCAACACACCAAGAAGUUUUGUUUCGACACUAUCUCCCACAGCAGUCCUGUGACACUCUAUGAUUGUCAUGGCAUGAAAGGAAACCAGCUUUGGAAAUAUGUAAAUGACAAGACUCUAUAUCAUCCUGUCAGUGGUAGCUGUAUGGACUGUACUGAGAGUGAUCACAGGGUCUUCAUGAAUACUUGCAACCCAUCAUCUCCCACACAGCAAUGGAUAUUUCAGUACACAAACUCAACUGUCCUGGAAAAAUUCAACAAGAACUCUGACCUAUAAUCAUAGCAAAUAACUAUGUGUGCCUGUGUGU